CUUCAAUUUUAGUUAAUUUGAAAUCGUUUUGUGCUUACGAUUGUCACAGCUACAAAUUAGUCGUAUUUUCAAAUUUUAAUUCGGCAAUGGAAUCCUUGGAGUUGUCUUACGAUAAAGAGGCGCGCGUGUGGAGUGGCGUAAAUAGGCCACUGUUUUACGAUUUUGAUUGCUCCUUGGGAAAUAUUAUUUACAGAAAUUUGAAAAAUUUUCCAAUCAAAGUUUGUCAGGUUUCAGAUGUUGAUGGCCGCGAAGUAACCAACCAGGAAUUACUAUCAUGGUCGACACGACUGGCUCUGCAUUUCGAGAAGAUGGGCUUACGCCAUGAUGAUGUCAUUGGUAUUGUGGCAAAGAACAGCACCUAUACAAGCUCAGUGGCCAUUGGCUGCUUUAUGAAUUGUACACCCUUCCAUGCAGUGAACUCGGUCUUGGACCAAGAUACAAUUCGUCAAGUCUUCAACAUAACCGCACCGAAAAUAAUAUUUUGCGACGGUGAAGUUUACGAGAAACUUCAUGAAGCCACACGAUCUCUGAAACCACUAUUUUAUACGCUGACCAACCAUAUCGAUGGUGUAGCCAAAGUUGAAGACUUAUUGGAUCCCAUACCAAAUGAAGAACUUUACAAACCUGAGCCCUUGGUAUCGGGUGGUGAGCAGACAGUAGCGAUACUUUGUUCGUCGGGCACAACAGGUGUGCCCAAAUGUGUUUGCAUUCCGAAUUAUUUGUUGAAAAUCAACUAUACAUUCGUAAAUAGCGAAGAUAUCAUCUUCACAAAUAGUGGUUUGGAUUGGAUAACUGGUCUUUUCUUCACUUUCCUCAGUGGGAGUACAAGUUGUAAACGUGUUAUAACCAAUAAGCCCUACACACCCGAAUAUAUGACCGCGCUGGUGAAGAAAUACAAAAUCUCUUGCCUACUAGCUGCGCCACGACAUGUCUCCGCUUUGAUCGCUUGCCCCGCAGCCACUACAGAUAACUUCAUUUCCGUUCGUGUUUUCUUCGUUGGUGGGGGCUGCAUUACUCUCCCGACCUUACAACAACUUAGAGGUUUACUUCAGAAUGGCACUGUAGUUGUCGCUUAUGGCAUGACGGAGGGUGGUUUCAUAUCGAUGAACUCUGAUGAACGAUAUCCCACCGCUGUAGGCAGGGUAUUUUCCGGUAUUAAGGCGCGUAUAGUUGAUGAAGAGGGUAACAAUUUGCCACCGAAUGAAAUUGGUGAGAUUUACAUAAAGACUGGACAUACUUGGAGUGGAUACUAUGGUAAUCCAAUAGAGACGAAAAAUGUUCAGGACUCGGAUGGCUGGUUGCAUACCGGUGAUCUUGGUUACUUUGAUGAUAAUAAUAUGAUGUAUAUAGUCGAUCGUAAAAAGGACACACUCAAAUAUCAGGGUAUGCAUUACUGGCCGGCUGAAAUAGAGGAGGUAAUCAACGAAUUGCCCGAGGUGGAGGAUGUUUGUGUGGUAGGUGUUUAUGACGAGAGACACGGGGAUGCAGCUGGUGCAGUCGUAGUGCUUCGUCAAGGUGCCGAGCUCACGAAAGAGCAGGUAAAGGAGCAUGUCAGAAAAAGUUUGCCAAUAGAGCAUAAGCAACUGCAUGCUGGUGUGAUUUUCAUCGAUCGACUGCCCCAGAAUAAUAAUGGCAAGACACUAAAAAAAGAUGCGAGGGCUUUAUUUGAAGUUAAGUGAAGUUUUGAGAACGUUUACGGAAACAAGUACAAGGUUAGAUAAUAUAAGUGAUAAAUGUAUUAAAGGAAUACAAAAUAAAAUUUAUUUAAAUAUAAAGGUGAAGACCAUAAAUAUAUA